UCCCACCCCAAAAAAAUGAUUAUUACAAACAACCCUACAUCAAACAAGUACUUCGGUUCAUUUUCAUUGAUUUUUGUGACAGUUGAAGCUUGGUCAACCAAAUCCAGACAAUCUUGGGUAUGUGGAUUCUGUAUCAGUCGAGGAAAUUGGUGGAGUCAGGUGAGAAAUGAAGAAUGUGGCAACUCUGUCUCAACUGUUGUUUUACGAGGAAGUACUGAUGAUCUUGAAAGAGCAGUUGAUGAUGGUGUCAAUACAUACAAGGCAAUGUGCAGGGAUAGUCGUGUAGUACCUGGUGCAGCAGCUACAGAAAUUGAACUGGCUAGGAAAUUGAAGGAGUUCUCCUUCAAAGAAACAGGAUUGGACCAAUAUGCAAUUGCAAAAUUUGUGGAGUGUUUUGAGAUGGUACCGAAAACACUAUCUGAUAAUUAUUUCUUCAUGGUAUGCCGAGCAUUCAAACGGAAACACUAAAAUGGGUCUUGACUUGGAGGAAGGCGUAUGUAAAGACAUCUCCACAAUGAAUAUUUGAGACCUUUAUGUGACCGAGUAUGUUAUAAUC